GCUGAAAAUGGCAUGGGUCAGUGGUGGGCAGUGGGUGUACAUUCUUCAAAGUGAGAGAAGGUGAACGAGACACCGGACUACUCGUACCAGGUGGAGUUGGGAAUAAGAGCGUAGUGGAAGGGUGGGAGGAAAUAGAGAUGAGAGAUGGGGCGUUUCUAAGGCAAUCAGGGACCCGGAAAGCUGAAAAGAGGAAGGGGGUAAGAAGUGAUGGCGAUCUGGGACAGGGUCACUGGGGAAUUGUGUUGAUUGACGAGGUUCAGCAGGAUCCAAGGUAAAAACAGUGAGGUGAAGAGACAGGGCUAACAGCAAGCAGACCAGUGAGAAGAGCAAGGAAGAGGUGGGCCCCAGGGUUUGAAGGAUGAGAUGGGGAGUAAGGGAAGAGAACAGGGUUAAGCGAAGCCGGGGGAGUCCUGUUGGAUGCCGAACCGGGGUAGACCAGCCCUCACAGGGGUGGGGAUCAAAUGUGCAUGUUGUGGGGAGAUACUCCAGAAGGGCUGCCUGUGUCAAGGCGCGGGCUCCAUGGUGGAGGAUCAAGCGUAGGCAGCCUUUGGUGCGGAAGAGGAGCAACCAUGAUUCUUUGGAUGGGAAGAAACCUUGAAAGGACCUCUAGUCCUUUAUCCUGCAACUUCAGUCAAUAUCCCACUUAAAUCAUCCCAGGUAACAGAGAAGAGAAAACAUAAUCAAUGACUGUGGACUAAUAUGGAAGAAGAUGGAAGAAAACUUGUUUAAUGGGUUGAAAGAGUGGAGACUUCUGUAAGACAUGGAUAGAUGCAAACAUGUAGGGCGGUUGCGGCUGGCCCAGGACCACUCCAUCCUGAACCCCCAGAAGUGGUACUGCAGGGAGUGCACCACCACGGAGUCCGUCUGGGCUUGCCUCAAGUGCUCGCACGUGGCCUGCGGCCGCUACAUUGAAGACCACGCCCUUAAACACUUUGAAGAGACUGGACAUCCGCUCGCCAUGGAGGUCCGGGAUCUCUACGUGUUCUGUUACCUGUGCAAGGACUACGUGCUCAAUGAUAACCCGGAGGGGGACCUGAAGCUGCUGAGAAGCGCCCUCCUGGCGGUCCGGGGCCAGAAGCAGGACCCGCCCGGGAGGCGCGGCCGGACGCUGCGGUCCAUGGCCUCGGGCGACGACGCGGCCCCGCCGCCGCGCGCUCCUCAGGGACAGCCGCAGAUGCUCACGGCUCUGUGGUACCGGCGCCAGCGCCUGCUGGGCAAGACGCUGCGACUCUGGUUUGAGAAGAGCUCCCGGGGCCGGGCCAAGCUGGAGCAGCGGCGGCGGGAGGAGGCGCUAGAGCGCAAGAAGGAGGCCGCGCGGCAGCGGCGGCGCGAGGUCAAGCGGCGGCUGCUGGAGGAGCUGGCCAGCGCCCCUCCGCGCAAGAGCGCGCGCCUGCUGCUGCACGCGCCCCGCGCCGCCGCCCCGCGCCCCGCCGCCCCGCGCGCACCCGCCGGGGGCCGCCUCCCGCCGCGCCGCGCGCCCGCCGUGGCCCCGGGCGUCACCGGCCUGCGCAACCUGGGCAACACCUGCUACAUGAACUCCAUCCUGCAGGUGCUCAGCCACCUCCAGAAGUUCCGAGAGUGUUUCCUGAACCUCGACCCUUCCAAAACGGAACAGCUCUUUCCCAAAGCCACCAACGGGAAGGCGCCACUCUCGGACAGGCCGGCCAGCAGCUCGGCCACCGAGCUGUCACCGAGGAACGUCAGGGCCGAGACGUGCGAACGGGAGGGCCUCUGCUGGAACGGCGGGGCUUCCAUCACCAGGAGCCUAGAACUCAUCCAGAACAAGGAGCCCAGCUCGAAACACAUGUCCCUCUGCCACGAACUGCACACCCUCUUCCGAGUCAUGUGGUCCGGAAAGUGGGCCCUGGUGUCCCCCUUCGCCAUGCUCCACUCGGUGUGGAGCCUGAUCCCUGCCUUCCGCGGCUACGACCAGCAGGACGCGCAGGAGUUUCUGUGCGAGCUGUUGCACAAAGUACAGCAGGAACUCGAGUCUGAAGGCACCACGCGCCGUAUCCUCAUCCCCUUCUCCCAGAGGAAGCUCACCAAACAGGUCUUAAAGGUGGUGAAUACCAUAUUUCACGGGCAGCUCCUCAGUCAGGUCACGUGUAUAUCAUGCAAUUAUAAAUCCAACACCAUUGAGCCCUUUUGGGAUCUGUCCCUGGAAUUCCCUGAACGCUAUCACUGCAUAGAAAAAGGGUUUGUCCCUUUGAAUCAGACGGAGUGCCUGCUCACUGAGAUGCUGGCCAAGUUCACAGAGACAGAGGCCCUGGAAGGGAGAAUCUACGCUUGUGACCAGUGUAACAGCAAACGACGAAAAUCCAAUCCCAAACCUCUUGUUCUGAGUGAAGCUAGAAAGCAGUUAAUGAUCUACAGACUACCUCAGGUCCUGCGGCUGCACCUUAAAAGAUUCAGGUGGUCUGGCCGUAAUCAUCGAGAGAAGAUUGGGGUCCACGUCGUCUUUGACCAGGUAUUAACCAUGGAACCUUACUGCUGCAGGGACAUGCUCUCCUCUCUUGACAAAGAGACCUUUGCCUAUGAUCUCUCCGCAGUGGUCAUGCAUCACGGGAAAGGGUUUGGCUCAGGACACUACACAGCCUAUUGCUACAACACAGAGGGAGGUUUUUGGGUCCACUGCAAUGACUCAAAGCUGAAUGUAUGCAGUGUCGAGGAAGUGUGCAAAACUCAAGCCUACAUCCUUUUUUACACUCAAAGAACAACAGUUCAGGGCAAUGCAAGAAUCUCAGAAACCCAACUCCAAGCUCAGGUGCAGCCCAGCAACAACGAUGAGGGCAGACCGCGGACCUUCCCCUGAAUGGGAGGCACAUAUCAAAGACUGGCUUGCUUUUAAACUAUUGGUGUCUAUACAUCUUUCCUCUUAUAGGAAAUAAGGUUUACUGCAGGAACAGAUUACGAGGUUUGCCUCACUGGGUCUAGAGCAGAAGGUGCCAGGUGACUCAUGUCUUAUCCUAGAAUCUGUAGUCACUUUCUUUUGAAUGGAUUGAGGAAUACCCUCCUUUGAUAAAAAUCAAAAGGAGUAACUUGUAUGAAGAUUCUUUCAUCAAUUGCUUCUGAACAUAAAGGGAUCUGGGUGGAGCAAAGAGGGGGUACAUUGGUCAUAUCCAGCCAGGAGACAGGUGUGUUCUCUUUCCCGCUGUGUGAUUAGUCAGGACCUCCGCACAGCCCCGCCCUCCUGAUGGGAGCAGCGCCGGUCAGAACACUCGAGGGUCAGAACACUCGAGGAACGGCCCUGGGCUUGCACCUGGCUGGAUGGGCCUGAGGGCAAGGCAGGAAGUGAAGUCUAAGGAUUUGUUCCUACAGAGGAAGUAACGUUCAAGGGUUCACAAUUUGCAGACUUCCUUUUCUGGGGACUAGCAGUUGAAGAGUGGAAUGAGAUGUAUGGAGCGAAUUUCCCCAUGCCAAACGCGAGGUUUUCCGCGUGUCAUACCCUCCCUGGCUGCUGCUCGUUUAAUCAUUCCACAUCUUCUGAGACUGGCGUGAACACAGACUGGCCUUCAUUCCAAAGGAGCAGUUCAUAUGGGGAAGCAAGACACCGGCACAUGACGUGUUCUCUGCUGCAUGCUGAGCGUAAGGGUCCUCGGGGCUGCAGUUCUGUAGCAGACGCCUGGUUUGGAUAGGUACAGGUCUAGGGCUUAGUUUACCUUGGUCUUUAGGGCAGUUGUCUGAGGCUUUCUCAGAACUCAGUGGAGAGUGGGCAGGGAGAGCUGGGGGCCGGGGCUUAUAUAAAUGUCUGUCACCUUUUCUUACCUGGUACGGCAUGCAGUUUUUCUGCUUCCACCUGGAAGGCUAGAACAUUCUUGUUCACCACAAGGUUUGGGAGCUUUUGCUUUCCUAGCGCUUAGGAAUCUGCCCGUCUGUCCGAACAGUCUCCUGCUGAUGGCCCUGGCCUGUGUCCCCCCAAAUCUGAUCGUCCCUACUGUUUCUUUACCCAGACACAUUCAGUCCACCAGAGUAAAGCAAGAGUGCCCUGUCCUUUACUCCAGUGCUAGUAAAGUAGAUCUUUUUCUCUAAACUGGGCCAGUUUCUAAGUGGAAUGAAAUUGCCCGGAGGGAAACCUUCCUCCCCAUCAGGCGCCACUGAAUUUCCCUUCUCAAUCCUUCGCUUAGACUCACCAGUACAAGUGAAUGCAGCUCGUAACUCGUUGUGUCGUUGCUGCAGCCUGCCUCAGCCUGUCCUGUGAAUGAAUGCUCAUCUUUUGACUGAGUAUAUCAUAUUAGCAUUUCAGUUCAGGUAGAAGUACAGUUGUCACUUGAAGGGAGCAGAUCUGGAAGGGAGUUUCGGGACGGGUGGAAGUUGGGAAGAGAGAGGCUAAUGAAUAAGGGUGGCAGCUUUAGCACUGCUGACAGGCCGCAUUCCCAAGCAGGUCUGGAGCAUUGGCUGUUGACCUCUUUUGAGAUGAACUCUCCCAUAGGACCUGCCAGCCAGCACCGAGACAUGGAGGAAAUCGGACAGAAUAUGGCUCACCCUGCUAAGGAAGGGCGAGUGACCCUAUUUUAAAUUAAACUUGCUUUUGCCAACACUGUGAGGUUUCUGUAAUAUUUAGCUUUUAUUUGGAAGCGAUAGCGUAUGGCAUUUUUUAUGCUGUUUGGUUUAUAUUGUCUACUGCAGGCUUCUUUGUAUAAGCUUGGCCGGGCUCCCCCUCUCCUGGACACUGUUGUAGAGUGUCACAGCUGCCCACGCUGCCAGAGGCUCUGAUGUGAAGCUAUAUUCUCUAGACCCACAUUUUUAGGUCGCCAUGAUUGGUGAUGACUUUUUGUGGCAACAGAAAAGCCAAUUCACUCAAAGAGAGUAAAAAGAAAAGGAACCUAUAAAUUGUGCCUCAUCUUUCAUUGAAUGCUAUAUUAUCCUAGGGAAAAAAACAUACAAAUGGAGAAUAGAGCAUCUACUUCAUCCCUCAGACACUCCAGAGGGAAAUACUUAAGAAAAAUGGACGUUUAGUGGAAAAUUAAAAGAUCUCCAAAUUUAAUUUUUAAAAAUAGUUUUAUACCAAAUAUUAUAAGGAAUAUUAAGCAAAUUAAAGACUUUGUAAAAUAAGUGCUUAACUUAGCUGAGCACCCCUGUAUCUAAUUCCUGAAAUUGUUUUUAAAGAGGAGUUGGACUAGAAACCACUACCCGAGUCCUCACUGAGCCGCACAUCAUGAAGGUGCCCCUGCAGUCAGACCCCUCAGGUACCCAGAGGCCCCAGCACUAGACGCUGUUGAGAAGUUAGUAUUUAUGAAGAUUUUUAUUAAAGAAAAGAGUUGCUUGCUGCGUAAGUCAGUGGCUAUUGUGAGAGAAAUGUCCCUUUGCCUUUAAUUUAUUUACAUAUUGGAAGUAGAUGAAUUCCUUAGUAGUUGCACCUUUAAAUUGAAACAUUCUAAGGAGAAGAAAAUAAGAACCAGGUAGAAGUUGACUAGACACUGCCAAAUCAAAUCCAAGAUCUCCUAACUGAACCUUAUGGACCUGCUUCUUCCAGACAAGUAGUUAGAGUCCCGUUCCAGGAACCUUUCGCAGUCGGCUGGUGUGUUUACUUUCUGCUGUAGCCAGCCAAGAUGAAGACACCCCGGCCCUCACAAAGGAUUUGUACCUCAGUCUAGCUUGACCCUCAUACUUGCGGUUGCCUGAGACGAGCAUCCAUGCUAGCGAGGGCUGCCCUCAACAGCCAGAAACUGAAGCUCUUAUUAAAUGGUGGGCAGAGCUCUUGCCAGCUUUGAUCAAACCCCUCAGGCUGAGGGGGGCAGUGCCACUGUAAAGAAUUUCCAGAUGUCUCUUUAAAAGUCAUGAAUAAAAUUGGAAACUGUAGAAGUGUUAACGUGUCCUAUGGACUCAAUAGCAGAGUUUAUUUUUUUUUUAAUGGCAAGGCUUCUAGAGUCAAUGAUUGUAUGAGUUCCCUUCUCUAGCUAUGCUUACAGUUCCAUCCAAGUGCAAGAAUUAAUGGGGUGGGUUGGCUGGCAGUGCAGUAUGGGCCCCAGCCGGGCCUCAGCAUAAGCCCGAGAGGUGGACAGUAGUGCAGAAUGAAAACGUGGUUGGGUGUGGGGGGUGGGAUAGGGGUGGGCAGGCAGGGCGGGAGAAAUGGAAUUUGUUUUACUUACUGAUAAAGCUUUGUGAACUAAUUUUAUACAAUUCAUAAAAUUUGGUGCCUUGUACCCAAUUAUGGUUUGCAUGGGAUUGAAAAGAUUAAGGGAAGGGGUUCCUUCUUAUCAUUUCAAGUGGCAAAUUGGUCUGUAUAGUGUAAAGGACAUUUGGUAUCAGACUUUUUUAAAGCAUUUCGUAUCUCUUGUGUGUGAAAGCAAAUUAUUCUUACCAGCAAGAUCUGAAAUUUUUCUGUAAUGUCCAAAAUCUUUGUAUUUGUGAUUAUUCAUGAAAUGGCUGCUUUUCAAGGCAGACUAUGUACCCCAUUUUUUUCACCACCCCUUUUAUGGUCAAAACAUUAACUCAGGCCUUUUCAAAUCAGGCUGGGAGGGCCACCCUUUCUUAAAUGUAUGUUAUACCCCUAUAUGCGGUUAUAUCUUGUGAGUGGAAGGGUUGCUUUUCCAGCUGGUUGGGAGAGCACAAACAUUCAGAAAAGGCCUUUUCGUUUUUCUAAUGCUGGGCAACUUCUGGUAGAAGUCCAAAAAAAUGGGUCCUCCCGAAGUGCUAUUCCUCUCAUUUGUUCUGAAGUUGUUUUGCACAAAUUUUCAGGAAGCAGUGUAGAACACAAUCCCCUAUAUGUGAACCUUUUAGUUGAGAUUUUAAGGUAAGCCAGUGCACUGUGUAAUAUGCAAAAGAAAAGGCUCAAAGAACCCAUCCCAGCCCCUUCCCCUGGCCCGUGCUGAGUGGCUGUGGCAGGAGACCCGUCCGCUCACCCGCAGGGUGGUUUAUAGCAUGCCCUUUCACUCCGACCUUAAGGUUCCCACUGAGCUCGAGACUUCACCAAAGGAUUUUUCAAAAGCUCACCACUCUAAGCACAUUUAAUAAUUGGGUCCCUCAGCCCAGUUACUGGUUUAAUUAGCUGAAGGACUUCUAUCUUUGGAGUGAAACCUUCCAUGGCCACUUAGUUUUUUACCAUCUCCCUAGUAGGUCAGAUUCUUUUUUGGAAGUCAGCACUACAGCUGAAAAGCUCCUUCUAAAUAUGACUGAGUUUAGUUUAUAUCUUCCACAUUUAAAUUAACCAUUCUCUGGGUCUAGGACUUUCACCACUGUGUAUUCAUUCAACCCACACAUUGCUCUAAAUGUACCAUAGCUACUAUAGCCAUGAGGUGAAUGGUCAUUUUUGUGGACUCUUUCCAUACUUACAUCAGCUGGCAUGUCUCCAUUUCAAACCUAACUAGCUAGUAUAAGAGACUUUCAUAGUACUGUGAUAUCUGGCCAGGGCUGCAAACUGGGAUAGGAUGGAAAACGGACUCCCCCGGAGGAGACUGGCGUGGUGAAAGCCAGCACUUUUAUUUAAAGAGGAUUUUUCAUGAUUUUUGAAACUGUCAAUUUGGUAGCUUUAUUCACUAAAGUCUUAUCACUUUGAAGAACUAAGCCAAUUUAAAUGGAACUUUACCUUACCAGCAUUAUGGCUUUAUAAACCAACCAAUAGUGAACACUAUUACUUGAAGCUAAAACAGUCAAUGUUUUUAUUUCUUUCAAUUACAGUUGACGUACAAAAGCAUUAGAUUUUGAGUGAAAUUUGAAUUAUGCUUUUGGAAGCUACCAUGUAUUAGUUUUUGCUGGAUUUUGAUUUUCAGCUUUGAAACUUUAUCAAAUAGAACUGUUCACAAUUAUGAGUAGAUCUGGUAGCAGACUUCCAGGAUGUUAAGUUUCAUUCCUAUAAAGAACAGGAGGUGCUGACACUUGUCUUAGCAGUGGUCUCAGGCAGGCGGGAAUGGGGUUAGAAUCUCUUACAGCUUAAGUUCCCUUCCUGGUCUCCAUCUGAGGGGUGACGGCUGCAAACCUAAGCCUUGCUCUCGUCUAUGUGACUCUUCUUCAUCUCCACACCCAGUCGGACAUAAAUCUGUCAGAUCAUGUGUGGUCCCACGUAGACUCUUAAAGGGUCUUGGUUCACGUUAAGCCAGCCACCGCCCUGAAUUCACACGGGCUCAAACUCCUUCCUCCUAACUGAUGAGACCUACCUGAUUAAUACAAGAAAAUGGUGCUUUUUUUU